AUGUCCUCUGAAACUGUGCCGACAAUCAAGAAGCGAGGCCGCCCCCGAACCCAGGCGAGGGAGAUAGCAAUAGAAAGGGAAGCUGAUUCCGACCCUUUAGAUGAAGGAGAGGCCAAACUACCACUUGCAGACCUGCUCGAGCUUCGCAAGCUGAAACGGUCUCGAGAAGGAAUCGAUGUCAAUAAACUGAACAAAGGGGAUAACAAGAAGAAGAAAAGACCUCGAGAGGAAAAAGAUCAGGGUGGUCUGAGGAAGGGUGUUGCUGCCCACGACGAGGACGAUGAAGAGGAAGACAAAGAUGCUAAGACUAGGAGAGUCAUCCGGUCAAACAACUUCACGCAGCAAACAAACGCGCUCGACGUAGACAAACACAUGAUGGCGUACAUCGAGGAGAAUCUGAAAGUUCGGAGCAGACCACGGGAAGAAUCUGACGAGGAAGAAGCUGCCGUAGACCCGCAGGAAGCCCUGUAUAAUAUCGCCGACCGGUGGAAAGUGGAGAAACAGAAACCGACUACGGAUGUUGGGAGUGUGACGAACAGCAUGUCGAUGCUAACCGCUAUUCCGGAAGUCGACCUGGGAAUGGAUACAAGGCUGAAGAACAUCGAAGAGACAGAAAAGGCCAAAAGAGUGGUGGCGGAAGAGCGACACGACAGGAAGAAGCCUAAAAACGACGAGGAACACUUGGUGGCUACACGAUUUUAUCGGCCCAACCUACGGCCGAAGUCAGAUGCUGACAUUCUUAGGGAUGCUAAAUUAGAGGCUAUGGGCCUCCCGCCACAGGAUGAUGUUCCUCGGAAGUCCAGUCAAGACAAGGUCCAAGCUGCUACGGACGAAUUAGUCAUGGAACGCUUCAAGAAACGAAUGCGGAAGUAA